AUGUCGAAUCGGUCGCUGCCAGCAGCCUUGAAGGCGCUGAGAUGGCGCCAUGCGCCCUCCUCCGCGCUUGCUGCCAUUUCUUCGAGGCCGCAGUUCAGCACAACGGCAGCAUGCGCCGUCAGAGCCGUGUUCGCCGAGACGGAUAACUCGGAGCUGAAUGCGGUCCUCCAGACGAUCCAAGAGAAGAUAAUACUACCGGCCUACCUCCCCGAGAAGCAGCGCAAGCUCGUCUUCAACCCGAAAAUGCGAUCCUACCUCGAGCAGAACCCCAUCGUCAUCGAGGUCGACGGUCUCGAGCACAAGUUCUCCUCCCUCGACCGCUUCAAGGGCAUCGAAAACUCGAAACGGAUCCUCAACCAGGCGCUUGACAAGAUGGAGACGACGGGCGACUGGAGCAACCUCGGCACCCUCCUGGCCGGCUACAAAAAGGCCGGCAUCAAGCUCAUGGCCAAGCACUGGGGGAGGAUUGCCCGGGUCGCCGGCACCAGAGGCCAUGUUUUCGCCGUCAUCGAGUGCGCGAAGCAGGCGGACAAGACCGGCCUGCUCCUCACGAACCGGGAGCUCGUCGUCCGCGUGCUCGCCUACGUCAACGCCAAGAUCACCGAGAGCAAGUGGGAUGCGACGGAGACGAAGCAAGCGCUGUGCUGGGCAGAGCAGGUCCUCGAUCUGCUGCAAAAGCCGGAGCACAUGCUCUCGACGAAACGGGCCCGCGACAGGUUGCACUUUUCCCGCCUUGUCCGCGGCUUGGCCCUCUUCGCCCGAGCCUCGGCUCUCCAGGUCAAGAAGGACGCCGGAGAGCCCGUCGAAAAAGACGUCGUCCUGUUGAAGGAUGAGCUGGCCCUCCUCGGCAGUCUGUGGGAAGGCUCUCUGGAGAAGGACCUAUCCGAACUGGAAGAGUUUGCGCUGCUGCAUCCGACGCUGGAGCGGAAUUCGUCACCCAACGGCACGCGAAAUCCCAAGGGCCUCAACGGCAGCGCCUACGUCCAGGUUCUGGCGCAGAACAUCAAGGGAAUCUCGCUCGCGCGCAAGCUGCUUGCCGAAGAGGCCAAAAUCUUGGCUCCUGUCGAGGGUGCCCUCGAGAAGCACUUGGGGGAUUUUGUGAAGACGGCGCACGGCCGGUCCAAGGGCUGGGAGGACGUGUAUGCUGAAGCGACGGGAAAGCAGCCUAGCUGGCAGAGCCCAACGCAGGCGUAG